AUGGCGCCGUUUCUUCCAUUCGCUAUGGGCGAAGACCAGCCUCAAAUUCAGCUCCAUAUCGAGGCACGGAGCCUAGGAAAUACGACCAACUCCUCGCUUCAAUUGACUAACGCGGAGGGAACUAUUCUGCAAACCCUCGCCUUGGUAUUUGCAGCACUCAGCGUGGCAUCAUCUAUACUUGCGUUCUACUGGUUUGUUAAAAUGCGCAGGAGUUUCCGGCACGAUCUCAUUAUGCUACUGAUCCAGAGCGACAUGUUCAAGGCUCUCUGGUUUAUGAUAUAUCCGAUCGUGGCCUUCUCGCAGUCGUCCCUGUCGUCGAACCCAACCUUCUGCCUAGUAAAUGGAUUUCUCGUUUCUCUAGGCAUUGAAGCAUCAGAUUUUGCAGUUCUUCAAAUCGCUAUCCAUACCGCUUUAUAUAUAUUCAAACCUGGGAAAGCCACUGGUGAGGGGGGUCUUUAUCCUUACCGCUACAUCUCAUACGUCCUCUGGAUCGUGUUCCCUCUCCUGAUGGCUUCCCUCGCCUUCGUCAACGGCAACCGUGCAUACAUUACGGAAGGCACCUACUGCUAUCUUCCCAUACGGCCAUUUUGGUAUCAGCUUGCUCUAAGCUGGAUUCCUCGCUAUAUCAUUUUCAUUGUUAUCUUCGUUAUAUAUGUAUCGAUAUAUUACUACGUCCGAAACAAAUUCCAAGGCUUCGACAAAGCAGCUCGAGAGGAGCCGAUUGAGAACCGCCACUCACUUGAUUCUGUCAAAGGCAAACUGAAACCUCCAAAACGAAGUAGCCUUCCGCCAACGCCACCACUCUUCUGCCACGGAUUAAUACCAGAGUCAGUAAACGAAUCCAGAUAUGGAAAUGGAGGUCGGGAUUUAGUUACCACCACUGAUGCACACCGCUUCAUGUGGGUAAGUUUUAUUUCGAAGGACAAUCCCCAUCCGCCGGCUUUUUCAUCUGAACUCGUCAACUCGUAUGCCGACCCAUUUCGAGAUCCUCCUCAACCAUCCAUGUUGACCCCGGCCAAACACUCCUCGACCAUGCCAGCAUCUUCGCCAUUUAAUUCUUCUGCACGUUCAUCCUUAGCCGCACCCACGCCUUCCCGAGCCCCCUCCUCGCGAGACAAUGUUCUUCGACGCUCUACACUGGACGCCAGCGGCUCCCCUUUGACUCCCGAUGCAUCUUCAAUUCAUGGUAAUUCAGGGUCUAGCGACACUUCUACCCCUGGAUCACAAUUGCAGCUCUUCAACUCCCGAGGUCAGAAUCUCAUCGACCUAGAGAUGCUUCAUACUCGCGACAAGAUUCGCCGGCAACUGCGUUUCUUAUUUAUCUAUCCCUUAGUGUAUAUGUUGAUGUGGAUCAUUCCCUUUGUGUCCCAUGUCCUACAAUACGACGACCGAUUUGCAACAAACCACCCCUUUGCUUUAAUAUGCGCCAACACCAUCUUCAUCUGUUCACAAGCCGCAGUCGAUUGCUGGCUGUUCUCGACCCGUGAGAAACCAUGGAGGCAUAUCCCCGGCACUGAUGGGAGCUUCUGGGGCAGUCUCAAAUUCUGGUCCGGCUGGAAGGGUGUCGGGAAAAGGCGAAGCGUCCACCACGGACCAGGACGGACGCGAGAGGAGAUGGUUAGGGAGGCAAGACAGGCAUACCAGCGAAGAGACGAGGAGCUGGCUGAGAGAAAGGUCACAGCGGUUUCGCGCUCCAAUAGCAUUACACGGAAAACCGACAAAGAUUGGUGGGAUGCCGCCAAAGCAGGUGGCUUAGACGACCUGGGAGGCAUGAGCCCCGUCGCAGAGGAGAUUUCGAAUCCGAUGGAUGCCGUUCAGAUAUCCGAAAAUAGCUCUGGUGGCGAAAAUGGUGAAACGGGACUCGAACCAGAAGCCGGAACUCGAAAAACUCGUCAUCCUUCGGUGGCAUCCUCGUCAUCCUCACCGAACGAUGUUUUAUCACGUACACACGAAACAUAA